AGAUGCAUACAUAAGAGUAGGCGCUCUUCUCAUGAACAUGAUACUGAGCAACGCUCUCACCUAUGUAGCAAAGUAGCUGUGCUUAGCAAACGGAUUGUAACACUGAUGCGGAUUUUUACUUGUUUCAGACGCGUCUUUUUUCUGAAUUGAGUGGCCUGAGCAGAAUGGUGUCCCUCGUGAAUUACGCGUGUAUUUUCUUGCCUCUUGUUCUCCAUCUGAUCGUCGGCCCCUGUCCCAGCUCUGCUGCCUCCACCAGGAGGUGUCACUCCAUCUAUAAGGGCUUCGCUCAGUGUUUGAUGGCUCUGGGAGACAGCCUGACUGACAGUGCCCAGAAAGAUGAGGACACACAGGAGAUACACACCAUCUGCAAGUCCUGGGAUGAGUUUCAUGACUGUGCAAACGUGGCGAUGGCCUGGUGUCCGGAUGAGGCUUCUGCUGUCUGGGAGUCUUUGCGACAGGAGUCCAAGAAGAUGCAGUUUUCUGGAAACCUGUAUUACAUGUGCUCCAGUCGUGACCAACCAGCUGCCAACGCUGAUGCCCUGAGCCCAUCCAACCAGGAAGAGAUUAGCCAGGAGUCUCUUAAAGCACACGCCCACUGUCCAGGUCCUGCCUCCUUCUUUUUGCUCCCCUCAUGUCUGUCUUUUCUGCUGCUGUUGCCUAGCCUAUAGACAUGACCAGAGUGAAGGGCAGGGAGGAACUCAUAGAGGUCAUGUACAAACAGACAGUAUCAAUAAGUCACUCAUAUUUUUUUCUGUACUAAAAAGGAGUUGCAUAUAUUUCUAGCUGCACGUUCAGAUUGGCAGCUCCUCAUCUGUGUAGUGUAUUCAUUUCAUACACACAUAUCAUCUCUAUGGAUAACUUUAUAUGUUUGUACAAUACUACUGUCCUCAGAUUUUUUAUUCAUAGAUUUUAGAUGUGUAUUACAAUUGGUUUUUGUUGCAAAACGCUACAUACAGUGCCUUGCAAAAGUAUUCACCCCCUUGGCAUUUUGUAGCAUUACAACCUGUAAUUUA